AUGGAAUUUAGUACGCUUUGGGCGCGGGCUGUUGAAUUGGACUGUGAUGAUUGGGUUAUGCAGUUCCGGGAUUAUCCGUUGCCGUAUGUGAUGUUGAAAGAUGCGCAUUUUUGGGGGCUUCUGGUUGGAAGCGAACAUCUUGGUGGGCCGCGAUCAGUUCGAAGUUGUAAAGUAACCUUGCCUGAACCCUGGGGUACAUACAUCGUUGAAAGGAAUAUGUGUCCAUUGAAAUACUUCUACGAUCUUUCAUGUGAAAUCGAGGAAUUGAACUGCACAUAUGGGCCGUGUUGGGAGCCAUGCUUGUCGAUGAUUAGCCUCUGCUGGAAAAACAUCAGCGCCCCGUCAAGGCUCGUCUCUUUUAUCAUUGUUAUUUUCGCCAUAUUUUAG